AAGACGUUAGCGUCUAAGCUGCACUCUGUGACUGACUGUCGGCGAGAUGAAGGCAUUUAUCAUUGCAUUGGCUAUAUUUGGGGUUGUCGCUGCUGGUCCACGUGGCAGGCGCGGUGUUCUCAAUCAUGGAUAUGGACACGGCCUCUCCUACGCGGGAAUUUACGCUGAUCAUGGUUACGCUGGUCAUGGUUAUGGUGGUCAUCAGUACGAUGGUCAUGGUGUAGCACUCGCUGGUCCUGUUUUGGGCCCAGCCAGUGUUGUCGGUCCACAUAUCGGUGCUUCGUCAUUAGCUGGGCCAGUCAUUGGCCCGUCACAUCUUGCUGGAUCUGUUGCUGGUCCAGCUCAUGUGUCGGGAGCUGUUGCUGGACCUGCCACUGUCACAGCUUCCAUCGCUGGUCCAGCACAUGUCGAGCACUUUGGCGGACCUCUUGAUGGAUCUUACGAUGGAGGCUAUGGAGGAUAUGAUGGGUAUGGGCAUGCCGGGUAUGGACACGGUUAUGGGGGAUACGCUAAGGGACUCGUUGGAGGAUAUGGUUACGGUGGUCAUGGGGCCCAUGGGGCUGUUGUUGUUGGACCUGCGGCUCAUGGCGCUGUUUAUGCUGGUCAUGAGGCUCAUGGAGCUGUUCUCGCUGGACCACAUGCUCAUGGAGCUGUUCUAGCUGGACCACACGCUCAUGGGGCUGUUCUCUCGGGACCACACACACAUGGAGCUGUGGUCUCAGGACCUCAUGCAGGUGCUGCUGCUGUAUCUGGACCCCAAGCCGGUGACGUCGUCAUCGCUGGACCCUCCGGCAAAAUCACUGCCCAUGGAACUGGCCAUGGCGCUGGAAUCCAUACAGGAUACGGUCAUGGUCAUCAUUGGUAAUUAAUCGACGUUAAUAAAUGUAAUUCAUAACUCAGCGACUCAGCACUGCCAGAAUAUCAGAUAAUUCCGGAUUUGAAGAUCCAUUGACAUAAAAUUCGAUGCAAUUAUCAAUUUUCUUUUUUACACAAUCUACGCUACGUGGAGUGAUCAGGUCGAUCAUACUCUCGUCGAUUUAAUGUACAUAACAAGUCGAGUCUGUACGCGAAAAAUAAACUCAUUAUUUUGUCUAUUCAAA